AUGGCUGAGAUAUCAGAAGCUGGUGGAAGCCUGCAAUCUACAGCUUUGAACAUAAAAGAUGAUGAUUGCUUGACAAUCUCUUCACAAAGACUCGAAUUUAUACAUUUUAUGCAAAAGUUGAUAGCUGAGUUUAUGGGCACGUACUUGAUGCUGUUUGCCGGUUUUGCGGCUGGGGUGGUGAACAGGGAUAAAGAGGACGCGCUAACAUUUCCAGGAGUAGCAAUAUUGUGGGGAUUGGAUGUGAUGGUCAUGAUUUACACUGUUGGGCAUAUCUCUGGUGCACAUUUCAACCCUGCUGUUACCAUUGCUUUUGCCGCCUGCAAGAGGUUUGCAUGGAAACAUGUACCAGCCUAUAUCACAGUUCAGUUGCUUGCCUCAACACUAGCAAGUGCUACACUUGUACUAAUAUUUGACAGAGAAAAAGGUCACGUUGUUGGUACCUUUCCAAUUGGCUCGAAUAAGCAGUCUUUAGAAGUUGAGUUCAUAAUCACAUUCUACCUGAUGUUUGCCGUAAGGGGUGUUGCCACUGAUGAUCGAGCAGUAAUUAGUUUUACUUCUGCACCUUUUCAUUAUAAAGGGGAACUCGCUGGGCUUACAUUAGGAGCUACUGUAACAAUUAAUACAUUAUUUGCAGGGCCAAUUUCUGGGGCAUCAAUGAACCCGGCAAGAAGUUUGGGACCAGCCAUGGUGUUCAAUCAAUACAAGGGAAUAUGGAUCUACAUAGUUGGCCCUAUAACAAGAGCCAUAGCAGGCGCUUGGUUCUACGAUGUAAUUAGGUUAACAGACAAACCUUGUCAUGGAAUCAUCAGGAAUAAAUCUUUCCAGGGAAGUUCAGCAAAUGUUACUUCAAGUGACCAAUAA